GUUGAAAGUGAUUCAUAUAAACGAAAAUAUGCGAUUUGAGUUCAGUCUUUUUAAGAUAUGGCGGUAUUCGUUACUUCUUAUCUGUAACUUAGGCUUUGAGUCCUUUUGAAACACAUUUUAUCAGGCAGUUCUGUGGGCUACUGAAACGGACACCGGUACACGCAAACACAAACAUACAGCUGUUAGAGUGUGCUAGCGCUAACUGUGUGUGGAACUGUACGAAGCGUCUGUCUUGGAUGAAAUAUUACAAGUAAUAUUGCCGUGACAAUGGCAGUCUUAAGGAUAUUUAAUUGGCUUAUAUUUUCCAGUAAUUUUACCUUUCGUCUUUUUGCUACGUUGUAAGUUACAUUAGUCAGCUAAGCAAGCUAACGUUAUGCUUAUAGUUCAUUAGCUAACUCUAUGGAUGCUCUAUCUGAUGUUAAAGUUUAAUUAAGAAGCGUCAUAACAGUUGUAUUCUUCCACAAUGGUUGUGGAGGUAGAAAGCUUCUUUGGUGUGUACAUGCUGUACUGCACCAAUCCUAAAUUCAAAGGCCGUAUUUACAUCGGCUUCACUGUGAACCCUGAGCGCAGGAUCGGACAGCACAACGCAGGACGGCACCGAGGGGGGGCCAAGAGGACCAGUGGAAGAGGACCAUGGGAGAUGGUUCUCAUCAUACAUGGAUUUCCCUCUGACAUUGCUGCCCUGAGGUUUGAGUGGGCGUGGCAGCACCCUCACUCCUCCAGGCGUCUCUCCCACGUCUCUCGGCGCUGCAGGAAAGAGUCGAGCCUGCAGUUCCACUGGCGCGUUGUCUCCAACAUGCUGCGGGUGGCGCCGUGGAACAGGCUGCCCCUGACAGCCCGCUGGCUUAAGCAGGAGUACAGGAUGGACUUUGAGCCCAGUCUGCAGCCUCCAAUGCACAUCCCCAUUGCUUUUGGGAGCGUGAGAGCCAAGAAGAAGCUGCCACUGCAGUCUGCAGGAGAGGAGGAGGAGGAAGAGGAGGAG